AUGCGUUUUCACCUACUUCCACCUCUCUUCUCAAUUUCAAUACUCAUCUUAACCUCCAAAGUCUCAUGCUGGUACCUCCUAACCCUUCGGUCAGACCGUAGAUGGACCGCGAAUAACAAACCCGUCUCAACAUCCUGGCUUCGAGAAAUUAACAGUUUGACGGAAUGUGUUCCGAACCAAAAUAAUAGGAAUAAACCUGUCGUCAUCGAUGCUGUUGCUCUUUAUAACCGUCCGGGGACCACUAUCGCCCGCGGCGUCGCAAUCUACGCGAACUCUUAUUGUGGGAUUAAGAACCCCAAUUCUAGAGAGUCUGUGAAAAUCGGGACUCAUGUGCCGGAUAUAUUAUUACUCCCCGAUCAGAAUAAAUUGGAAGGUAUUCACCUUUUCGACCUGAAGGGGAUUGGAGUUGAAACCAACGGGAAAUUUUAUCGUGCUAUUGAUCCUGUGGAGGAAGUUAGAUUUUUCGAUGGAUUAUUAUGGGAGUCCGAAUCGAAACCCGGUGUUUAUUGGUGGGAUGGGGCGGGGACUUGGAAAAGGAUAAGACAUUUGGGAGAUGAAAGAAGGGUUAAGUAUGUCGAUGGGGGUAUAGCGGAUCACCUGAUCUCUACGUCGGCAUUGUAUGAUUAUGUUAGGCUUUUAUUGGAGUUUUUUAUUAAUCCUGAACGUAUGGGAGAUGAAGAGGAGGCUUUGAAAGGGUAUAAACGUAUUGCGGAAAAGCAGGCGAUCGAUGGACCUCCGUCUGCCGUAAAUCGCAGGGUGCCGGCGAUUGCAAACCCAGCCGUUGUCAGUGAAUAUUUUCAACCGGAAUCGACUUCUGCACCUUCCACAUCUGCUGAAGGAAACCUUCAAGGGAAUGAUAAUGACCAGGCUGGCCAAAAACCACCCGCUGAGAAUACACGGGCGCAACAACCUCAACGUGCGGGGUAUCUACCACUGGUAUUACCAACGAUGCCAUUGCCAUUUACAUAUCUUCCUUGGGGGUAUGAACAAUUACAAAGUGGAUUAGAAAGUAUCCUCAAUAUAGAAGUAUUAAAAGGGAUACAGGAGAUACUUGGGAUCGAACGUUUGGCAAAUCCUGCCCCGUUUCGAGGGUUGGAGGGAGAUUCCGCGACGCAACCGGCACAGGCAACUGACGAGAUCAGGGAGAAUACUGGUCAAGAAUCGGCGCCUAAGGUUGCUAGUCGUAGAAAUGAGGAUGCAGUGCCAGGUGUGCAUAUUAGCCUAGACCUAGUUUCUGAAUCAGGGAAAAGGAAAGAUGAGGAAGUAAUCGUUAUUGAUGAAGAUGAAGAGGACAUUCCUGCUUUAGAAAAAAAGAGGAAGACUGAUUGA